AUGUCCCUCCGUCUCCUACUUGUAACCAUACUGACAAUUACUAUCACAAAAGCCGCCGCCGAAAAUGUGACGUCAUCAACUACAAUAACUACACCGCCAUCAUCAUCAUCAUCGACAAUUCAAAUGUUCACAGUUCCGUCGAGCAUUUCACUGAAUUCUAGUCAACUGACGAAUAAUAUCAUUGUGGAAGUGCCGGACGAAGAGCUCGUGCCACGGAGCAGCAGUUCAGAGGAGCUCAAUAAUGGAGAACGUUUGACAAAUUUCGAGACGAUCAAUGACUCGGAAAGUAAUCCCGACGGCGAGAACAAAAUCGAAACAAAUGUGCCAGCUGGAGAUGCUCCAAAGAUAAUUCUGGCUCCCCACGAGCCAAUCACCGAGCCAACUGAGCUUUUGCCAGUGAUCAGUGUGGAUUCAGUGUCCGAAGAUUCGAAUUCCCCAAUGUUUAUGGAUUAUGACGAUGAUGAAAUUUCUGGAAAUUCGACGAUUUCCGCCGAUUUUAGGCCCAGAGAAGCUUCAAAAAGUGGCGAAAAAGCUGAAAAUCCGUAUUUUCUCGCGUCGACAACGGUUUUGCCGGCGGUUAAUCAUGAUGGAUAUGUCCUGCCGACUGAUAUUGAUGAUAUUAAGAAUGUGGAAAUUCCUGUGGAAACGAAUCAGAAUUCCACAAUGCCGACACCACUGACCCACUGGAGCCGAUGGAUGCAGACGGCGAGCCGAUUCGUCGACGAAUAUCCGAAUUUCUCGGUUUUGGUGAUUUCUGUGCUCUUUGCGAUGCUCCUCUUCCUGAUUUGCCUCGUAAUCGCCGAAUGUGUCAAGUCGAGACGCCACCACCACCGCUCCGUGCCCCGCCACCACAUUCCAAAAUCAGUGACCGCCGAUCUGUAUAACACUUCAAAUUGUUCUCAUUUCUACACAAAACCAACGAUUUUAUUGAAUCAACAGGAGGUCACAAUGCAAUUGAUUACUUCGGAUAUUACUGUGGAUUGUUCUUCGGAAACUGCCUAGAAAAUUGCUGAAAAUUUGAGAUUUUUAGUGAAAAUUUGAGAUUUUUAUUGAAAAUUUGAGAUUUUUAGUGAAAAUUUGAGAUUUUUAGUGAAAAUUUGAGAUUUUUAGUGAAAAUUUGAAUUUUUUAAUAAAUAUUUGAAUUUUUCCUGAAAAUUUGAAUUUUUCUGCUAAAAAAAUUACAUUUUCCUGAAAAAUUUGAAUUUUUAUCAAAAAGUUGAAUUUUUUGCUGCAAAAUUUUGAAUUUCUCUAAAAUUUUUGAAUUUUUCGCCUAAAAAUCCCAAUUUUUCGAAAUUUCAAAUUUUUCAACAAAAAAAUUCGAAGUUUCUGAAAAUUCGAUUUUUUGUUUAAAAUUUUGAAUUUUCGCUGAAAAAAUUUUCAAUUUUUCCCAAAAAAUUUUCAAUUUCUGUUAAUUUUUAAAUGUUUUCGAGUCGAUUAUUGCCCUAUUGUUCCCGUUGUUUUUUCUCUGUAAAAUAUAAUUAACGCCCCCUCCUCGGUUGUUAUUUUCCCUUCGAGACCCAAAAAAUACUCUGUUUUAUGCUUUAAAAUUCAUUUGCGGGUCCCGAUUUUUCCGAUUUUUCAAUUUUCCCCCCAGUUAAAUCCUCCCAGAUUGUUCCGUUUUUUUUGUUGUUGAAAUUGCACGUCUUAUAUGUUUUACGUGGCCGUGGCCGAUGAAAAAUUCAAAAAUUCGGCGGCCACGAGGCCAAUUCGUCUCUUUUUCAGAGAAUUCAAAUGAAUUUCUUGAUUUU